ACGUAGGUGUUGAGAGUGUGGUGUAACAGCUGCAAAAAAAGUAACUACAUAAUAUAACACUAACGUUACCGAACUUACCAACGGCGUUAGCUAGCUAACGUUAGAUCUGCCUGCCAUUGAUAUAUUAACUGAACUCAAGAUAGCUAGCUAACGUUAAUUGUGGAAUCUCUAAAACGUUAACUCGUUACUGCUGUACGGUAACGUUAGCUAGCUAGCGAUGUUGAAUGAAGAUACAUUUUUUUAGCUAGUUUGUAGUUAAAGUACGUUAGUUAAAACUGUAUUGACUGUCAAUGCACGGUUGUCUUUAUAUGUCAGAGGCUCAGAGUUGGCACCGUUUAGACAAGAGAACACUUAAGGGGAUGUUAACUACAUACAGAUAAAAUGUCACUGGAACCAUCGGGUCUGCGGUCUAUUUUUCAGGUCAUUUGAUUGGUGAAGAGAUGGCCAGCAAUAUAAUUGCUGUUGCAGAGGAGUUCCUAAUUGCUGUUGCAGAGGCAAAUUACAUCCAACAACGGGAACCUUAUGAAUAUGUGUCCUAUCAAGCGCCUUUGGAGGGAAGGCAGUAGCACAUCACCAAGGAGCAGCUUGAGUUCCUCAUAGAUUGUCAUAUGACCAUCAGACAAAUGGCAGAUGUUCUCAAUGUGUUGCAAUCUGUGGUCAAGCUGCGCAUGAGGUGGAGGAUUGUUAUCCAUGGUGCUGUGGAUGGUUACAGCAGACUUGUUGGGUUUCUGAAGGCCUCUGACAACAACAGGAGUGUCAGUCAUGGAGUCAUGCGAAGCAGCCAUCACCAGCUACGGAGUACCAUACCGGGUGAGAUAAACACCGGAUGGUGAAAACAACCGUAUCUGCGCCUUCAUGGAGCAGUUCAGGGAUGUUGAGAGGGGAAGUGCCCUCAGAGGAAGGUGCACUCACAACCAGAGGAUAGAAAGGCUGUGGGGGGACAUCUGGCAUGUAGUCUCCAACGUUUACCAUUACCUGUUCACCUUCUUGGAGAUGGAGCAGAUCAUCGACAUCAACAAUGAGGUGUACCUGUGGCCACUGCACUUUGUGUUCCUGCCACGGGUGAACAGAGAUCUUGCUGUGUUUGCCAGUCAGUGGAACCGCCAUGGGCUGAGGACUGACCAACGGCAGUCACCUCUGCAGUUGUUCGUCUCGGGUUCCCUGGCAAUGCAGAGGGCCAAUCGGACAGCAGUAAGGGAUUUGUUCGCCCCAAAUUCAACCACCAUCAGCUCUCAAGCCACCACCUCUGCUCCUCCAACCACCACCUCUGCUCCUCCAACCACCACCUCUGCUCCUCCAACCACCACCUCUGCUCCUCCAACCACCACCUCUGCUCCUCCAACCACCACCUCUGCUCCUCCAACCACCACCUCGGCUCCUCCAACCACCACCUCGGCUCCCCCAACCACUGGCACCGCAGCUCUUUAUUGGUCGGAAUGGGUGAUUGUGCCACAAAUCCAGUUCACCAUCAGCAACACACAGAUGGAACUGUUGCGGACAAUAAUUCCAUUGGAAGGCUCCAGAGGCAGCCUGGGAGUUAACUGCCAUAACCCUCUGUAGAUAGUCAUCUUCAGCGCCACUCGUUCCUACUCCAACCUGACCUACUACAUACUCCCCUACUGGGAUGAGGGAUUGGACGCUAUAUCUUCAGCGCCACUUGUUUCUUUGAAUCGGUUCAUUUUUAUAAUACUAUUAUACAUUUUAUAAUACUAACAUUCCCCCUCUUUCACACACUAUGAUUUGGUCUCUAGAAAGGUAUGAUAGACAUCUUCAACUCUAAACGGAUGAGGACCAGGUGGCCUUAACCUUCGUUAAGUACUUCCCCAUUCCAGUACGAUUCUGUUUGGUCAUAUUUGGAGAGAGUCAGGUACUGUUAAGAUAUACGGCCUAUGGUUACUGUAUUUUGCUCUAUGGCACUUUAGCACAGCAUUCCAUCUGCUGACACAAUAUUUGUCUUCCACUCAGUACAACACGACCCAGGAGAGGCCUACUGCAAGCACUGGAUUGGAACCUUCAGAGCGUGCCUGCUGUGGGAGGACAACCGAACAUUCUGAAUGGACAUUAUUAAAACAAACUUACAUUUUUGUAAUGCCCAAUUGAGACUUUUAUAAAUUGUUAAAAUGUGUGGAGAACGCCCUAUAGUUAAAAAAAAAAAAAAAAACUGAAGAUAGUGGUUCGCCCCCUUUACAUUUUAUAUAAUUGUGAUUAACAUGAACCUAUUACAGGUAGUAACAUAAUUGUUGACACAUUGUGACAGCUCAAAUUAUGUGGUUGAAGAUGGACUAGUGCAGGGCUCCUAACCUUGUUCUUGGAGAGCUACUGUCUUGUAGGUUCAUGCCUACCCUAAUCUAGUGCACCUGAUUUUAAUAAUUACCUGCUUAAUGAGGUUAGUUACAACUGAGGUUGGAUUGAAAACCUACAGGAGGGUAGCUCUCCAGGAACAGGGUUGGAGAGCCUAGGACUAAUAGAUUUAGUUCUUAGAUCAAUGUAUUUGAAAUGUCACUAUGAAGGUGCAGUUCCCAGAAGUGGAGCUGUCAUUUAAUGCAGUUCUAAUUAAAUGAUAAUGGCUGAA